UCGAAAACGAUUUUAGAAUUUUAAGUUGAAAAGAAUUUGAAUUAAGAAAAUUGAUUGAAUUUAGAAAACGAUCCUAUUCAGUUUCGGACUCGAAUCAUAAAAGCUAAAUCCUAAGUCUAGCCCACUUGAAAAGCCCAAACCAUUAAAAACCCAAAAGAACUCAAACCCUCACCCAAAACAAAUUCACGUAAAAAGAAAAAUCAAAGCCUCCUCUCCCUCCUUCAACUCCACGUACAGCACCCUCACUGCAGUUUUCUCUCCUCCCUUCGUCCGCCGCUUCUGCCAAGCCGCCGGACAACCAUCACCGCCGCCACCGCAAACAGCACCAUCGUGCGCCGCCGUCGCACAGCCCAGCCGCAAGCCACCUCCGUGCGCCGGCCAACUCCCUCUCCUCCUUCUUGAAUUGGCGGAGAAUUCUCUCUAGGCGACUUUUGAAAGUGUUAAGGUGGCCUAUCAGUUUGUUUACACAAGUCUCUAAGGAUCAAUAAGCGUUGCCCAUCUACAGGUUUGAAGAUGAUGCAUCAUUGGGAUCGGGAUUAGAGAGCUUGUAGUUCUAUUCGUUUAAUUAAGUGAUUUAAUUUGUUAACUUGGAUUUGAAAUUUGUCGUACUAUUCGUAUUUCCUUAAUUCAGUUAAUUGGUCUGGACCUAAUAUGUAAUAGAUUAUUUAUGAACCUAAAAGUUAGUUUUAUGUUUUCCGCUGCAAAAUUCUGAAUAAGCCGUAACGUUUUCACACGGGCGAUAAUACUUUGAUAAUUCCCUACAGUUAUAUUUAAAAAGAGGUUAUUUUAGAAAAUGGGAAUUGUCGGGGUGUUACAAAGUGGUAUCAGAGCUAAAGGUUUUACUACAUUUCGUGUCUACCUUUUAUAUCUUAGGCGUCUAACCAACUAAUUAGUUACGUAAAAGUAAUUUCACACUAGUGAAUAAAUUUAAAGUUAUUAGCUAGAAAUGUUUGAAUUUAUUUUAAUAUUGACUCUUGAAUCGUGCUUUGAAAUACGUUUUUGGUUAUGCGAAUUAAUGUAUUUUCUAUUCUUUUGAAAUUCAAAUUAAUAUUUCAAAAAAAAAAAAUAAAAAAAAAAUUUACUGCUGCUGCUGCUACAGUACCGUAAAAAAAAAAAAAAAAUUUUUUACUGCUGCUGCUGCUACAGUACCGUAAAAAAAAAAAAAAAAAUUUUAAUUAUUUAUCGUUUAAUAAUUAUUCUUUUAAUCAAUCCAAUUCUUAUAAAUCAUUCUUGUUUUAUUCUUUUAUGCUUCAAUGUUUGAUAUACUAUGAUUAUUUUGAGAGUUGGGUAGUAUAGGAAAGGGCAUAUAGAAUAGAAUCAUUGUGUCUGCAUUAUGUCAACAUGAUUGUAAUUUCUCUACCUGCUAACUGUCGUGUCUUUCCUAUGCUUUGCGAUUGAUAUACAUUCUUACUCAUUGUGUAUUGUGGGAUCAUACGGUAAGUGAGAGUACUAAUUACUAACAUAGAAACUAUGUUUAAUUGUUAUAGAUCUCUAAUCAUGUCUGGCAUGGAAGGAAAUAGAAUAGGGAGCAACUCUAACCCUAUUAUUCUAAGCGAUGAUGAAAAUGAAAUGGAUUACGAGUCUGACAUUAACAGUUACACCAGCCAUGAACUUGUUCUGCGUCGAGUUUUAAGAGCAGGAGAACCUGAUAGUGAUGAUGAAGCCCUUCGUGAAUUUGAUCGUGCUAGAGGGCAAACUAGGGUCGAUAUUUAUCAAGCUGUUUUGAGACCUGAAAGCGAUUCGGAGCCUGAGUUUGAGCAUGAAUUUGGGUUUGAGUUCGAACAAGAAUUUGAGUUUGAGUUCGAACAUGAAUUGGAGGUUGAACCUGAGUUUGAGUUUGAGCCUGAACAUGAACCUGAACCUGAGCCUGAGCCUGAGCCAGAGGAAGUUAAUCAUCAACUUCAAGGUCUACGAAGAUCCUCUAGGCCAAGAAAAGAAGCUUAUUAUUUUGAUAUGGAUGACGAUGAUGAACUUAAAUAUGAGUUAUUCACCCUAGAAGGUUAUAGCGAAUCAAAGGACAAGUCUGAUGACGUUUCCCUUUAGCUUUGCUUACAUAUUUAGUUGUGUGUGAGAAAAAUGUUGGACAAUCCGCCCAACCAUAGUUUAUGUUUAUAUCGUAGAACCUUUUUACUUUAUUUUGAGAACAGGUGUGUG